CCCGGCGGCGCGGCGCGGGUCACCUGACCGAGUUGCGGGCUCCAAAGGCCCGGGGAGCCGCCGCCGCAGCAGUCGGAGCCGCCGCCGAGAGUAGGCGCCGCCGCGUUCGCCUAUUGCGCGAUGCCGUCGGACAAGAGCUUCAAGCAGCGCCGCAGCUUCGAACAAAGGGUGGAGGACGUCCGGCUCAUCCGAGAGCAGCACCCCACCAAGAUCCCGGUCAUCAUAGAGCGGUACAAGGGUGAGAAGCAGCUUCCAGUAUUGGAUAAAACCAAGUUCCUCGUCCCUGACCAUGUGAACAUGAGUGAGCUCAUCAAGAUCAUCAGACGGCGCUUACAGCUCAAUGCCAACCAGGCCUUCUUCCUGCUGGUGAGCGGACACAGCAUGGUGAGCGUGUCCACGCCCAUCUCCGAGGUAUAUGAGAGCGAGAAGGAUGACGACGGCUUCUUGUACAUGGUGUACGCGUCCCAGGAGACAUUCGGGACUGAGUCACUUGUGUGAGGAGGGGGGCACAUUUGGACCCUCAGGCCAAGAUGGGAUAUCCUCUGCCACAGAUGGGCCGGCUGCAGCAUUUCCACCUGGAGUUUGAGAAGUUGUCUCUGGGCUCCAGAUGAGCAAAUCAUGCUUCUGAAGACUUAUUAUUUAACCUGGGCUGUCUUGUUUUCGAAUUUAGAAGUUUAAAAAUAAAGUACUUUGCAUUUCAGUUGUCAGUAAA